AUUAGUUAUGAAAAGGAGCAGAGGCGCAAGCUGCUAAAGCAUCUACGAGGUGAAGAUACCUGGAUGCUGGAUGAUGUGAACGAACGUGUGGAACAACUGGAAAAGGAACAUUCUGUGCAGAAAAAAAAGAAAAAGGAUAAGCAUUCAAAAAAAGCAAAGAAAGAAAAGAAGAAAUAUAAGAAACAAAAAUCUGAAAAGAAGGAUGAUUUACUUGAUAGCUCUUCAGAUUCUUCAGUUGAAUGGGUUGAGUCAAAUGUGUCACAGUCAGAUAACACAGAAAAGGCUUGGAAGGUCAACAAGCAAUCAGAUGCUGUGAAAGAACCCUCCCUGCAGAGAGAAGAAUGGAUGAAUUUAGACUUCAUGUCAUUGAAAACCACAUCACUAGCAGCUGUCAGAGGUGAAAGACACAAAGAAAAAACACUGGAACGACAGAAAGCUCAAGAACUUGAGCAGGCCAUGCUGUCUGAGAGAGAACUCAAUCCCUAUUGGAAAGAUGGUGGAACAGGUUUGCCACCAGGGAAGGAUGAAGCAGCUUCAGUUAAAGUUACAGUGGUAGAAGAUGCUGGAUUAAGUUGGUUACGAAAAUCGUACCAAAGGAUGAAGGAGCAGGCUGAGAGAGAGAAACGAAAUUUUGAGGAAAUUGUAGCUGAGAGAUAUGGGUCAAUGGAGGUAUUUCAGUCACGAUUAGAAGAAGCUGAAAAAGUUGCAUCCAGAAAGGAAAAUUAUUAUAGAAAUGAAAGAUGGAAGAAAACUGACUAUUCAGAAAGUGAGAAAGAGAAGAAAGAACAGCAUAUGAAAAAGGAUACACGAGAUGAAGAUGAUAGAAACAGGAACAGGUUUGGGGGCUAUACUAGGGAGAAAUAUGGCAAAGGAUGGGCACAAGAAGACAAAGGUUACAAGAGAGAGAUGUCAAGAGAAGACCAAGAACGUGGGCACAGUAGCACAGACUCUGUAUUGAGAGGCUACAGCUCCAAAGCAGAAAAAGACGAAAAACAAAGUCAGGAGAAGCGUUCAUCUCUAAGUAGCAUGAAACAUAAAUUUCUGAAACCCUCUGAAGAUGAUUUAUCACCUGACAGUGUACCUAGAGACUACAAGUCACAGCAGUCCUCUUCCAAACUGCCAGUUCAUAGCUCUUUGAGCAGCCGUUUCCAAAAACCUAGUGAGGAUACUGCACUGUGCACCGAAACACACACAGAAGAUGACAAUGUGAAAUUAACGCCUGAUCAAAAAUCAUCAGGUACUAGGGAACAAAUUGAUGACGAUAGUUGGGAAAGAACUCCAAGUGAUGAAAAAGAGAAAUCGCGACAGGAGUAUCCAAGCGAUAUCCCUGAGAAGAAACAAACGUUAUCUGACAGUAAAACAUCGUGUUCUAGAUACACAUCAAAGGAUGAACCGCCUCGGGUCCUAAGUGAAGAGGAAAUGAACAGACUUGGAGCGAGGGUUGUGAAAGCAGAACUCAUGGGAGACAUGGAAUUGGCUUCAAAACUUCAAGCAGAACUUGAAAACGCUCGCAAAUUGAGAGAGACUCAAGGGCAGAUUCCAGCAAAAUCUGACAGAGAG